AUGUGCAGCUCAGUUUGCAGUGAUGCCUCCACUUCAUGCAAGGAAACCUAUCACUGCUCAGACUGUGACAGAGAGUCCGGGGACUGCGUCACUGAGUGUGACCCUGGGUAUUACGGACGUAAAUGUAACUCUACCUGCAGCAAGAACUGUAGGAACAACACAUGUGUGAUCUCAAGCUAUGGUUCUGGCAACUGCACUGACGGAUGUGUCCCAGGAUAUCAAGACGCCAGCUGCAACAUACCAUGUGACAGUCCAGGAGGUAACUGUACAGCAUGUCCAGGUGGUUGUGAUGGAGGAUAUUGUCAGCUGGGCUCCUCCUGUGUGUCUGGAUGUGUGGACUCCUACUACGGGACUGGCUGUGAUGGUGCUACAGUGGGACUAGCUGCAGGAGUGUCUGGGGCAGCUAUCAGCUUCCUGGUGAUGGUGUUCGUGGUUCUGUGCUGCAAAUAUUGCCAACGCUUCAGACAAAAAAGUGUCACGCAGACAGAGGACGUCGUGUGCGACUCUGUUGACGACAUGGAUGGUGAACCUGUUGUGGAGCUGGAAUGGUAUUCUGAGACACCACUGAAAGACAUGGCCACGCCUUGUGGGUCACCUGAUGGAAACUGUGGAAGUGGAGGUGCAGCUGGUGGUGGAGCGGAUGAUGUUUAUGACGUUGCAGAUGUAGGCAGGCGGGAACUUGCUGCUGUCUUUGACAACAUAUACUCCAAAAUAUCACGUGCUUAGAGUGAGUGAAUUGGGUUUAACGCCGAUUUUUGGCGUGCCAAAGGGACGCAACUCUGCACAGCAAAUUGCGGCGCCUCAGACCUCUGGGCCACCCGUGCCCCUCAUCUGGAUUGAAAUCGAAUAUUUCCGAAACGUCAAUUGUUGACAAAAUAUUAUUCCUCGAUUGAACGUCUGCGCGGAAAGCGGAAGACGGUGGUUCGAUUCCCCAGCGAGUCAGGUUUGCUUUGUUUGUUGUCUUACGCAACAAUCAGCAAUACUCAAGCUAUGUGACGGCGGUCUGUAAAUAAUCGAAUCUGGACCAGGCAAUCCAGUGAUUGAU